GCGCUGAUUGUUGACUCAAAUUAAAAGUGCGACAAAUUCUCGCAUUCAUUUUCAUUUUCCGUUUUCAGUUUUGUAUUUGUUUAUUUCGGUGUCGGUUUAAUUUUGGUCGCCUGACAAUCUCCGAAUCGCCGUUAAAAAACGUACACAACAACAGGGCAUUUAAUUAAAUAAAUCGCAAACAUCAGUCAACGGCCAGUUAUUUCCAGCCGCCAAAUCGGACAUUAUAUCAGACAUUCGGACAUUAUACUAUAUCCACACACUCCGAGAGAUCCCAUCUGGCGAGAGAACCCAGAACACAGAACACUGAACAGGAAACAAUUGAAAUCAUCUGAGAAAUCGAACAUGGACCUGAGAACAGAAAUGGGCGGUUACAUCCAGUCCGUGCCCAACACAAAGCGCUUCGUCGUGGAGGACUCCAUUACCAAGGUGACUUCCGAUGGGGAGCCGCACGGCAUGAUGACCAUGGUGGCCGGAUUGUCCGGCCUUUUGGCGGCCAUCAUCAUUCUGGCCGUCCUCGUGUCCAUGGUGACCUGUCGCAAGCAGAAGAGCAACGCCAACCGGAAGAGUAAUUCCUCCGCCAAUGUGGUGGCCAUGACCAGUGUGGCGCAGGAUCAGCCCCAGUUGGCUGGGAACUUGAACGCAGCGUUCGCUGAGAGCACUCUGACCUUGGACAAGGUCAAGCAGGGCACGGAGGACCAGUGGCGACCCACAUCCGUGGUGGUGGAGCGGUACUAGUGGCACCACCACCGCCAACCAGCAGCGCACGGGCACGUGAUGUUUAUUGUAAACGUUUGAGACUGACACUUAGCCUAAGGAUUUCCAUCACCAUCUUUUAUCUAUGUAUACCACAUAUGACACCUUUUUUUUUGCUUGU